AUGUUUGUUGUAAUUUACAGAAGAUUCACUGGGGAUGAAGAAUAUACUCACACAAUUCAUAGCAACUCUACUAAAGUUUUUUCAAGCCACGGAUCUCAUAACAAAGGAAGUUCAAAAUUAACGCUUAAAAAUUUUGUUAAUUUUAAUUGGGAUCAAUGCUAUUAUCGUGGGCAGUUGAUUGCUUUACAUAUAAGUGAGAAAUUCAUAGCUUAUGGCUUCUCUAGUACGGAUGCUUAUGAGGGUUUGGUCCGCGUUGUUAAAACAGAGAGUAAUGAAAGAGCAUUAAUUAAAGGGUUUUCAAAUUUAAUUGAAGAUAUAAGUUUUGCUCAUCUUUAUGAAAUAAUAAUGUUGGGUUGUAUCGACCAAUCUGGAACUACAUUUGUGUAUGUCAUUAAAGAAGAGAGCGGUCCAUCUCCAAAACUAAGAGUUUUUCCUGUUUUUCAAAUCAAUGGGGAUCCAUCAUAUUGCUUUAAGAAUAAAUAUUUAUUAUCUUGGUGUCAAUAUAUACCGGAACAGGUUAAUUAUUUAAAAGAACUUGAAUUUGAACCAACUUAUAAAGGGAAAAUGUUGGCAGUGGUUCGUGCUUCAGAAGUUGAAAUAUGGCAUAUCGGCAUUGCCAGCAAUUUUACAGAUGGUCCAGUUUUUUCCAAUAUCAAUUUAAAUAAAUCAAUGGAUAAAAAUAUUUUAAAUAAUAUUAAGAAUGCAGUAAUAAAAAUCAAUUUGAAAGAAGCUGAUAUUAUUAGUUUAUCAUUUUCUCCCGACGGUUCAAAUAUAUCAUUAGCAUUAAGUAAUGGAUCUAUUUAUUUCUAUCAAGUAUCKUUUGAUCAUAUUUCUGAUACACCAAAACGUGUAUUUACUUGGCAUCCUAAAGAAAUAUUCUGUUCUUUAAAAUCUUUGGCAUUUUUAGACAACCGUAAAAUUAUUGAUGGAGAUGUUGAACUUUGGAAGUAUGUAGUGACUUUAUCUAAUCUUGACGAAAUCAUUUUAUGGUCUUGUGAAACAUGGACAUCUAUUCAAACAAUAACAUUUGUUCGACCUGUUACAAAACUAAAUCCCAUGAAGCUCACAGUUGAUGGGACUGGAAGAUAUAUAUUUUUAAGUGACAUUGAAAAUAAUUUAUUAUAUGUCAUGGAGGUAGCUGAUGACAUUCAAUCUGCUAAAAAAAACAUAAAAAUAGUUGGCAUUACUGAAGUUUUGCUACAAAGUCCCAUAUUAAAUAUGAUAAUUGUUGAUGCUAAAAUUAAUCAUAAUGAUUUAGAUAUUACAGAAAAUCACAAUUCAAAUUGUAUUUCAACCAGUUCUAGUAACUAUACAACAGUUAUUAACUUAUUUGCAAUACAACCAAAGUCACUACAAGAAGGUMAAUUAAUYAUUGCAUCUCCAGAAUUAUCUACUACUGAACAAUAUAAGGAUCAGAAUAAAAUUGAAACUACAAGUAUAUUCCCAAAACCACCAGUGUUAGAUCUUCUUAGUGAAUCAGUUAAUCCCACAGCAAAUAGUUCUGAAAAUAAAGACUUUCAAAAACACAAGGAAGAGAAUACUAUUUUACAUGAUCUUACUCCAAUGGAAAUUCAUAGUUUAGUAAAAGAAAAAUUAAGAUUAAAAGGAAUAAGCCUUGACCAAAAAAGUGUUCCUAUUCCUUCUAAUUCAAUGCAGAUUCAGAAUGGGAAAAAGGAUAGCUACAACAAUAUAAAACCAAUUAUUGUUCAAUCAUCAAAUACAUAUACCUACACACAAGAUCCUUUUGUUUUGAACAAAGUUAGAGAAUGUAGUCCAAGUAAUAAUGAAGUUCAGACUAUUUUGCAACAUACUGACCAAAAAUUACAAUACAAUUAUAUGGAAACACACACUGAUAAUUUUGAAACUGUGAGUAAUUAUUCUAAUGAAAUUGAUGAGAAAGAAGAAAACAAUUGUUAUUCAAACAAUUCUGUAUUUAAUGGUUCUGAUAUCUCAACAAUAAGGCGACCUUUGGAUAAGUCUGAUAUAGUAGAUAAUGGAAUUGGUGGUCAAAUAGAUGAUAUUUUAACAAGUUUACAUGAGAUGAACACUCAAUUAAAAUGUAUAUCAAAAAAACAAAAAAAAAUAGAUAGUCAAAUUAAUGCUGCUAUGUCAAUAAAUUCAUCUAGUUUAUGUGCAACUCUAGAACCAGUUUUGAUGAAUAUGGUCAAGAAUGCUAGUGAUCAAUCACAUCGGAAACUUCAAAUCAUGAUAGAUCAUCAACUAAAUACCUCACAUAAAAAAAUAACAGAGAUUGUCAAAGCCACAAACUCUAAUAAAGUAGAUACAGAAUUAUUUACAAGGUCUUUGGUUGCYUCUUUAAAUCCAACUCUUGAUGCAAUUCUAAAAGAUCUUUUUAUGAGUACGGUUAUACCUAAGUUUGAACAUGCUUGUUGUUCCAUGUUCAAACAAAUUGAUGCAUCCUUUACAGAAAGAUCGCUAGAAUAUCAAAACGAAUUAAAGUCUCUACUCAAUGAGGAUGGUAAUAUCAAUAACAAAUUAGAAUACGCUUUUGAUAAAUUCAGGGGUGACAUGAAUAACAUAAUCAAAAAUACAGAGAAAAAAAUAUUAAGUACUCAAAAUGAUUUGCAAAAACAAUUUUCAAUUCUACUUAAAGAGAAGUCGCAAGUUGAACCAUGUAUGAAAGACACUGAUAAUACUGCCAACCAAUUUAUGAUUUUAUCUGAUAUUAUAAAACAAGGAGAUUAUGCACUGGCAUUUGAAAAAGCUUUGUCUGCAUCAAAAUUAGAACUGGUACUGUUUGUUUGUGAAAAAGUACAACCAGAACUACUUUUCACCCCACCAAACGCUUUAAAAACUCCUAUUGUAUUAUCACUGAUUCAACAAUUAUCCCAUGAUCUUACGAAUAAUACUGAACUAAAGCAUAAGUAUUUGGAAGCUGCAAUUGUAAGUUUAGACUAUACCAAUGACCACCACAAAGAAAAUACAAGCUUAGUUUUGAUCAAGAUGGAUUCUAGUGUCGAGAAAUUUGUUCUACAGUAUCCAUUAAAUCCCUAUAAUCGCAGGUUAAAAAUGUUACAGUUAGCUAUAAAGGCAAUUAUAAGACAUUAAUUAGCUAUUAAGUGAACAUCUGAAUAAAUACCAUAUUUUUUAAUAUUUUUAAUGAGAGACUUAAGAAUUAUUAUGGAUUGGACCAUAAUCAUCCAUAUUAUUCACUUAAUUUAAUCAUUUUUUUUUAUCUUUAGUUUUUUAUUGCUGAUUUUGUACAAAUA